AUGUCCGCUACCACAAUAUCUUUCAUUAUAAUCAACACAAUUGGCACUGGUCUCGGUACUUUUGUGAACCUAUUUCUCUGUUAUGUGGCAGUUUUUCACAGUCCUCCAAUUAUCAAAACGUACUCAAUUUUGAUUAUCAAUACAACUCUUACAAAUAUUGGAGUUUGUGUUACUGGCUUUUUGUUGCAAGAAAGAAUAAUACAGGCUCGAUUUUCUUUGUUUUACAUCUCCUACGGUCCUUGUACAUUGAUAGGAGAGCGAUUUUGCUUUAAUGUAUUCGGUGCCUACCUCCAUUUUCACACGUACGCUCUUUGGCUAAUUUUUCUCUCUUUUGCCUAUCGGUUUUACGUCAUGAUUCAAAAAGAGCCCAGCCGUCGGGCACUCCAAUUUUCCAUUUUCCUUGUUUACAUUCCUUCCAUGACCCAAUUCCUCGCGAUGAUCUUCCAAGAAAUGGAUUUGAUCGAAGUUCGAGAAUCUCUAAGUUCUAAAUUCCCUCAGUACAAUUUGGCUGGAUUAACCGUAACUGGAGCAGUCGACAUUAUCACUUUUGCACCGUUAUAUACCCUUAUCCAUAUGACAGUUAUCAGUAUUCCAUUGGCAAUUGGAAUUCAGAUUUUGAGAAGAAAAAUUAUAUCUGUUUUGGUUUUGAAAGGAGUGGACUUGACAACCAGGUCAAGAAAUUUACAUGCUCAGUUGUUAAAGACACUAACAUUCCAAGCCACAGUCCCAUUGAUCUACUUUCUCGACGUCUUCCUUUUUUUCCUCACGCACAUCUGCAAUCAUCCGAUUCUCGAGUUUUCCAUUAUCAUUCCUUCUUUAUUUGUUCCAAUUUUGACCCCAUUAUCCUCACUCUAUUAUGUGACCCCAUAUAGAAAUUUCGUUCGAAAAUUGCUUAUUCGUGUGAGGCCUAAACUUCAAACAGUCGGUUCCAGGAGUAUUCUUCAAGUGACUUCUUUAGUUGAUUAA